AUGCUUUAAUCAAUAUCGAAUUCUAAUUGGUCGACAAAUGAUAAUAAAAUAAUUUAGAUAUUAACAAUAUAAUUAGGGCUUACUCAAAUUUAAACGUCUAUUUUGCUACCUUAGUUACAGAAAAUUAAAAGCGCAGAGAAAGUGGUCGAUUGCUUUAUGAAAUAGAAUAAAGAUUUAAAAGAAUUAUAAGAGAAUAUUUAGAAUGAGAUUACUCAUUAAAUGACAGUGUAAAAGUAAUGCAAGAGAUAAAAAGGGUAAUGGAAUCAAUAUGAAUUGAUAAGGUUAAAAAAUAAAUUAUCACAAUCAAUAAAAAAUAUUGAGGAGUCUAAUUGUCUCUUCUAAUACAUCUAAUAACAUUAUGAUUAAGAAAUUAUAAAUUAGAUUUUAUGUUACGAAUUUAAAACUAUUAAAGAAUUUUUCUAAUAAAUUCAAAAAAUGGGUGCUAAAAUUAGCAGAAUUAAUAAUUACAUUUAAUCUAAUGAGAAUAAAUAAAUCAAAAAUAAUUUUGGAAAUAGUUGUUUAGUGAAUAAGUAAAUUUAAGAUUUAUUUAAAGAAUUUUAUUCCUUAAAUAAUAGAAAUAAUCAUCAAGUUGAAAAAUAAUUGAUAUAAUUAUACAAUUCAUUGGAGAAUCAAUAAUAAGAUUAGUAAAUUUAUGAUUUUAAAAUGUCUCCAUAAUUAGAAUAUGAAGAAUUAUUAAAUUUAUGUAAUUUAGUAAAGCAGCAUUUUUCUUAUUAUCCAAGACCAGUUCAAUUAUUGUCUGUAAUAGAAUUAUAUAAUCAUAAUGAUAAAUUAGGGAGGUUAUCAGAGAUUUAUACUGGAGAAGGCAAAACUCUAAUAGUUGCAAUGCUAGCCAUUUUAUUAUGUAAAAAGAAAAAAGUUAAUGUGGACAUUGUAACCAGCUCUCCUGUUUUGGCAAUUCGGGACGCUAAAGAGUUAACAAGUUUUUAUGAAUUAUUUUCAAUUUCAGUUGCUCAUAAUAUAAAUGAGCCAAAUACUACUUAAAAUGAAGGGAUGCUUCCAUGUUAUAAGUCUCAAGUGAUUUAUGGGGAUCCUCAUAGUUUCUAAAGUGAUAUAUUAAGGCAUCAAUAUUAAGGCAUCAAUAUUAAGAAAAAGGAACAAUGGGUGACAGAAAAUAAGGAUAUAUUAUUGUUGAUGAAGUUGAUUCUAUGCUUAUAGAUGGAAAUAGUAAUAAGACUUUAUUAUGCACACCUAUCCCAGGAAUGCUUGAUCUAACAAAAGUGCUAAGAUUGAUUUGGGAUGAAAUUUCUAAAGUAGAGCCUAAUAUAUCAACUGAAAAUAAAGUUAUGAUUAUUGAUGGAGAUAAUAAUUAUUAUAGCAUGGAUUUGGUAGAAUAUGUCGAAUAAACUUUGGACAAACAGAUAAAAGAUGCUUUGGAAAAUUAAAUACCUAAUUUUAGAUUAGAUUAUAUCAACUAUAUGAAGAAAAGAUGGAUAGAAAAUGCAAUUUAGGCAAAGUUUCAUUAUCAUGAAAAGUAACAUUAUCUGAUUGAUAACAACAAAGUUAGAAUAAUUGAUUUUUAAAAUACAGGUGUAGUACAAAAGGAAAACACAUAAUGGUAAAAAGGAUUACACCAAUUUAUUUAAUUUAAGCAUAAUCUUUCUAUUUCGACUUUAAGAAUAAGCACAAACUUUAUGUCUAAUGUUGGCUUCUUUAAAAGAUAUAAAAAUCAGCUCUUAGGUCUAACUGGCACAUUAGGAUCGUAAGUAACAUAGAAUUUGUUAGCCAAUAAAUACAAUAUUGACUUUGUUUUCAUACCACCUUAUAAAAAAAGAAUAUUAUAGGAAGAACCUGGAAUUGUAGUUUUUGGAGAGGAUGAAUGGUUUGAGGAAAUAUAUAAAGCAGUAAGCUAUUAGAUUAACAGAAAGAGGGCUGUGCUUAUUAUUAAUAAAACCAUUAAUGAUGUAGAAAAAAUAGAAGCAUACUUGUAAAACUUCAAUUUAAAAUCAAUCACAUAUGUUGAUAACAAUUAGGAAAUUUAAAAAGAAAUUGGACCUAAUAUAAUUAUUAUUGCUACAAAUUUGGCUGGAAGAGGUACAGAUCUAACAACUAAUGAAGAAUUAGAAACGAAUGGAGGUCUUCAUGUUAUCAUGUCGUUUUUACCGAGAAAUUUGAGAAUCCAACUUCAAGGUUUCGGCAGAACAGGAAGGUAAGGAAAAUAGGGCACAGCUUAACUUAUAGUGAAUUGCUUACCAAAUUUAUAUGUUGGCUUAUUGAAUGAAAUAACAUCGUUUGAUGAUGCAAUAGGUUAUUUCAAAUAAAAUACAAAAAAAGAAAACUACACUCCACUAGAUGUUCUUGUAUAUUUUCGAGAUUUACAUGAAUAAUAAUAUUCAGAUGAGAUUGAACAGGAGAUGGAUAAACUAGAGAAUGAAGAUAAAUGUUUUUAGAAAUUCUAUUAGAUUGCUAAAAGCAAAGUCAAUAUUAAAACUGAUAGGCCUGCUUUUUUAGCAUUAGAAGAAAAAUGGGGACUUUAUUUGGAACAAUUUUAAGAAUCGGGUCUAAAAGAGGAAGAAAUAGAGAAAUACUUAAAUUCAAAAGAAUGGCAGAAUCCAAAGUAAUUAAUUUAUCAAGGGAUCUAACAUAAGGAUUUAAAGCUUCUUAAAUAGGCAGCAGAAAUAUCUGAGCAUGAUCCUAUUGUAAAAUAUUAUCAAGGUUUAUUUGAAAUAUAAGAAAAAGAUUAUGAUAGUGGUAAAUAGUCAUUAGAGCAAGCUAAGGCACUUUUAUAAAUCAAAAUGGAUGAUGAUGAAGGCUUUGCAACAGCUGCUAAGUUAAAUAGGAUUCAAGUAGAUUAAUUUAAAGAACAAGAAUAAAUAAACAAUUAACAAUAAUCAGAUAUUGAGAACAAAAUUUAACCCCAAAAAAUGGCCAAUUUAAACUUAAGAAAUAAUUCAUUAGUGAAAAAAGGAUCGGCCAUUCAAUUUAAAGAAUAAAUUAAUAGCAAAAAGGAUCUUUAUGAAUAAAAAAUUUAGAAUCAAUUAAAAGUUUAUUAAAAAGCAAAAGAUAAUAUUGAUGAAUUAUUAAAUACAUUGUCAAACUUUCAAAAAGAUAAAGAAGAACUUAAUUUAAGUUGGGUGCCAGUGAUUGAGAAGGAAGAGAAAGAAAAUGCUGAAUCAGAACAAUGCAUCAAAGACUAAGAGGAAGUGAUAUAAGAUGGACCAUUACCUAGGCUUGGAAAGCUAACAAAAUAAAAAAAAAAUAGUUGGGGAUAAUACAUUGCCAUGUUUGCACUAGGAUUAGGGUAAUUUAUUGUCGGGUGCGGAAUAUGUGCAUUUACUCGCGGAGCAGCUAUGCCAAUUGGAAAGGGACUUAUCAAAGAAGGUUUUUCAGACAUGAUAUAUUCUGUUACAGCUGCUUGGUAAGGGAUUGAUAUUGACUGGAAAGCUUGGGGCAAAUAAAAAUCAAUUCAAGUUGCGACUGCCUUAGCUUUGGCAGGACCAGCUGGCAUAUCAGAAGCCUUGUAGCUUGGCAGUUCUAUGAAGAAAUCUUUAAAGAAAAUUGGAUUCCUUGAGUUUUUAAAAUCAAUUCCUAAUGUUACAUUUGAAGGUUUGAAAAGAUCAGGUUAUUGGCUGCCUGAGAAAGAUUAAGAGAAAGUAUAAUAAUAAUGUGAUGUAUUGAAAUAAGUCUCAGAGAAAACUUAACAGGCAAAUAACGAAAAUCAGAUUCUCAAUUUGGUAAAGGAAGUUUUGGAAAAUUAAGUGCAAAUAGGAGUAAUUUCGAAUGAAAAAGCUUCUGAGAUUUCUAAGUUAGUUAACGAUUGCUUAUAUGAAUCCGAAGGAGAUGUUAAAAAAUUUAAUAAUAGCUUCAUUUAAAUAGCAUUAAAAUUCAUUAAGUUAUAAAUGGCAAAAACUUAAUCGGAAAAAACUCCAACAUAAAUUAAAAGCGAUUUGAUUGAAGUUUGUGGAAGGGAAGCUACAAAAAAAUAUGAUAAAAUAAAAAACGAUAUUCACAAUUACAACCAGUAUAAGCAGGCUCUAAAUAAUGAGUUAACACAGUUCCCCAAAAUUAUUUUUUGCAAUUUCUCCAAAGAUCAAUAAAUCCAAAAGAAAAUGGGCCUUUUGGACCUACAUUAUGAAUUCCACUGUGAUUCAUAAUAGGUAGAAAAACUUAUUACAAAUGGGAUGAUAUAGACGAAUAUUUGUUAGAAUUUUAGUAUUUUUAAUAAGGAUUUUCAAAAGGCUUGUAAUCAAUUAUAGAUUUCAAAUCCUCAAUCAGUAAGUUAGUUUUAUCAGGAAGUUAUAAGACCUUUUAUAUUAAAGCUUUUAAUUAAUUUAAUCUAAGAAGACUCAGAACCAUUAGAGUGGUUAUUUCAUUUGGAAUUAUAGAAAAGCAUUCAAUAGAAAAACUUGUAAGGCAAAAUUGAAAUCGAAAAAUUAGAGAAAUAAAGUAAGACAAUUCAAUAUAGAUAAAAUUAAAUAAAUAAGCCAACUUAUAAUUAAACAUAUUAUCAGAAUCAGGGCAAUUAGGUAUGAAAAUAAUUAUAUAUUUAGAUAAUUGAUGAAUAAAGUGCUCCACGUUAGUUUCAUUUCUAAUAAGCAUAAUGGUUUCAAGAAAUUAAAAACUGUAACUGUUAGUAGAUUUCCAAAGAAAUUAUUGGCUACAUGAAAAUGAAGAGGAUGAUCAAUGACGAUGGUAUUUCAUUCUCUCCAAACUUUUAACAAGAGUUUUAUCAAUACUUAAGCAAAUCGAAAUUCAAUACUAUGAUGAGAGAAGUUGUAGAACAAUCAAUGAAAAAUAGUCUUCGCUAAAUUUCUACUUUAAAAUCCAACUCAAAAAAACUAUUCUCAACCAAAUUAUUAAAAGCAAUAGAAAUUGAAAUAAUCGACGUCAUUAAAUCAUACAUAUUUAAUUAAAGAAUGGAAAUUGAAAAUAAAAAGUUAGCUAAUAAAAUGGAUUGA